AUGUCUGAGUGGAUCUCUACUUUUCCUGGUUACACUCUGGCAGUGUCCAGAGUGAAAAAAAUUGUGGGAAGCAUCAUAAGAACUGGCCCUACUCCUCGCCAUGUUGGUGUCAUCAUGGACGGUAACAGAAGGUAUGCAAAAAGUCACAAAAUCGAGUUGAAAGAAGGACAUAAUUUGGGGUUCGACUCGAUGGCCAACAUUCUCGAGUUACUCUAUGAGUCAGGUGUUGAGUGUGCCACUGUCUACGCAUUUUCAAUUGAGAAUUUCAAAAGACUGCGCUACGAGGUCGAGUGGUUGAUGGACUUAGCCAAAUCCAAAUUCCAGCAAAUAAGUCAACAAGGCGAACUUUGCGAAAAGUAUGGUAUCAAGAUAAAAAUCUUGGGCAACGUUGCUCUAUUGCCGUCUGAUGUACAGGCAAUCCUUGCCGAGACAGAAAGGAUUACGAAGAACAACACAAGAGCUGUGCUCAAUAUUUGUUUUCCUUACACUUCUAGAGAUGAGAUGGCCACGUCUAUGAGAAGAAUUGUGAUGCUAUCGGAAAAGGUCCCAUCGCUUUUUAUCGAUGAAUCUACCAUUGAGGACUACUUGUACACUGCAGACUCACCACCUCUUGAUAUCUUGGUUCGUACCAGUGGAACUUACAGGCUAUCGGACUUCUUGUUGUGGCAGGCAGUGCCCGCUUCUUGUUCGAUCAUGUUCAGCAACAAGUUGUGGCCAGAUUUCACUGCAUGGGACAUGAUCAAGAUUCUUCUCACCUGGAGCUUCCACGUGUACUGGUAUGGAAAUGGUAAUGGCAUUACUGGUGGGCCAACUUCUAAGCCCAUUCAUCCUGCAAAGUCUAUAGAAAAAGAUCUCUCUCCCCUGCCGGGCUUGUCUUCAUCGACGACAGCUUAUGAGAGGUUUCAGGAUAAUUCAACUGAUAGUGAGAAGGAUUCACUAGGCAAAUCGGACGUGGAGGAUGUUACAUCUAAUCUGUCCACGACAUCAGAUGUCGCAAAGUAG